AUGCGUGUUCGGAAUGCCUUCUUUGUGAUGGUUCGCCUUGCACGUCUGUUUUCCUCCACCUCUGUUUUGUUUUUUGGCCUCCUGGGGCUCGCGCGCUCUGCGCUCGCCCUGCGCGGGGACGGCACUUGCAGGCCCUCUGGGACAGGCCCAGAGGGGGCCUCGGGCUUCGGCGCCUCAGCGGCGCCCCUUCCAGCCUUUAUUAUAAGCCCCGCAGAAGCAUGUUGGCGGAUUCGUGAUGGUGAUGUCAAUGUCGUCCGCCCUGCUAUUCGGCGCUCACAGUUGGAAAGGAAGCAGGCACCGGCAGAAUUCAUUUGA